CGGUGAGCGUCGAGGUGUUCCAGCGCAGUGAACGGCUCUGACUCGCGGUGAGCCUCCGGGUCCCCGGUUCUCGUGGCGGGCGGAAGAGGGAGUUUCCGUCGAAAGGAUGCGGAGAGGGAGGGGUUUAACGUGUAGCCCUAAAGAACCAGAAACCCGAAGGAACCAGUACUCCUGCUACACAGAACCCCAGCUUCAGUCUCUGGAGUGCCUGUGUGAUGACCAAGGUGCUGAGCAUGGCCACCGUCCUGGGCCCUAGGCCUCCACGGGAGCAGGGGCCUGUGAUUGUGAAGGUUGAGGAGGAGGAGAGAGGGAAGUGCCUUCCCAGCCUGGAGCUGUUCCGCCAGCGCUUCAGGCAGUUUGGGUACCAUGACACACCGGGCCCCCGGGAGGCCCUUAGCCAACUCCGGGUGCUCUGCUGUGAGUGGCUGAGGCCCGAGAUCCACACCAAGGAGCAGAUCCUGGAGCUGCUGGUGCUGGAGCAGUUCCUGACCAUCCUGCCCCAGGAGCUCCAGGCCUGGGUGCAGGAGCACUGCCCGGAGAGUGCUGAAGAGGCUGUCACUCUGCUGGAAGACCUGGAGCGAGAACUGGAUGAGCCAGCACAGCAGGCCUCACCGCCUCCAAGUGAACAGAAACAGUUGUGGGAGAAGAUGUCAUCUUCAGGAACCAUGAAGGGAUCCCUGAGCAGCCCAGAGGUACAGUCUGUGGAGACCAGUCACAGAUACGAGUCUUGGGGUCCCCUCUACAUCCAAGAGACUGGUGAAGAACAGGAUCUCACUCCAGAGCUGAGAAAGAUUCAAGAUUGUGAAUUGAACACCCAGAAUGAGGAAUCAACAGAUAAGCAGGAAGGUUCUGAAGAAUCUCAUGCAGAAGGGUUUGGCAGGGACAGUAUUCCCAUGAUUAUUGCCAAUAAGUGUGAGGCCAGGUUAGAAAGGCAGUGGGUAAGUCUUGAAAAGGAAAGAGGGACAAAAUCCCCUCUCCAAGACAAAGGUUCCCCAAAAGGUAGAGAAUUAAUUACUAAACCUGCUCCAGGAGAGAGACGUUACAUAUGUGCUGAGUGUGGGAAAGCCUUUAGUAAUAGCUCAAAUCUCACUAAACACCGGAGAACACACACUGGGGAGAAACCGUACGUGUGCACCAAAUGUGGGAAAGCUUUCAGCCACAGCUCAAACCUGACCCUUCACUACAGAACACACUUGGUGGACCGGCCCUAUGACUGUAAGUGUGGAAAAGCCUUCGGUCAGAGCUCGGACCUCCUUAAACAUCAGCGAAUGCACACUGAGGAGGCACCUUAUCAGUGUAAAGAUUGUGGAAAAGCUUUCAGUGGGAAAGGCAGCCUCAUUCGACACUAUCGAAUACACACUGGGGAGAAGCCGUAUCAGUGUAACGAGUGUGGAAAGAGCUUUAGUCAGCACGCAGGCCUGAGUUCUCAUCAGAGGCUCCACACUGGAGAGAAGCCGUAUAAAUGUAAGGAGUGUGGGAAGGCCUUUAACCACAGCUCAAAUUUUAAUAAACACCAUAGAAUCCACACCGGGGAAAAGCCCUACUGGUGUAAUAGUUGUGGGAAAACCUUCUGCAGUAAGUCAAAUCUUUCCAAACAUCAGAGAGUCCACACUGCGGAGAGUGAAGGGCCUUAACGCUCAAGUCUCUCUCGGUGGUUUUUGUUUUUUACCUUUAGAACAUGAGUCUUAGGGAGAAAGCCCAGUAAUUGCAGUGUAAACUCCGGGGUAGAUUUUGUUUCACUCAACAUCAGGGAGGCCGAGGAGUGAGCUCAGGCGGGGCACAGUGGGUUCCUGACCCGCCAGCCCGCGGGGGAGGGUGCCCUCCCCACACUGCAGGUCCCGGAAGCCACACUGGCUUCGCCUUUUGUAGCCUUUUGUAGAGUUAAACUGCUGUGUAUCCAGUAUAAUCAAGGAGGAAACAUUAAAAUUGUUUAACCGUUUUAACAUAUAUUCAAGACUUAACGGUUUGUAAAGAAUUGAGCCACGUGGAACACAAUUUAAUCGGAUUUAGAAUAAACUUAUAACAUCUUG